AAGAAAAAUUCUAAAAUCAAAACAAGAACCCUAAUUUCCAGAGAGAAGAAUCACAGACGAAGAAGAAGAAGAAGAAGAAGAAGAAGAACGAUGUCUGGAACUCCAAAGGCCUCCGAGGAAGAGAAGAAACCCAAUGAUCAGUCUGCGGCUCCGCACAUCAAUUUGAAGGUUAAAGGCCAGGAUGGCAAUGAAGUAUUCUUCAGGAUCAAAAGAAACACCCAACUGAAGAAGCUUAUGAAUGCAUAUUGUGAUCGGCAAUCUGUGGAGUUGAAUUCAAUUGCCUUCUUAUUUGAUGGUCGCCGCCUCCGCGCAGAACAGACUCCUGAUGAGCUGGAAAUGGAGGAUGGGGAUGAAAUCGACGCGAUGCUGCAUCAAACUGGUGGCGGAGCCCAGUUAGCUUAGUCUGUUGCUGCUGGUUAAUGUGAAAAUUUAAUACAUAAGACUAGGGUAGUAUUUAAUUUGGUGGUGUACGUAAUUUGCAUUAUGGGAAUUGUAGACCUUGUUUGAAACACCUGACAUAUUCUAUUGGUGGUUUGCCAGUUAUCAACUUGUAUUGAAUCUGGAUUCUUAAUUAGGUUGGUCCUUUGGGCCUUACGCUUU